AUGGGCAGGCCACAGACCGCGACCCUCCCGCUCAUCCCCCUCGCCAGAGGAGCUGUCCUCCUCCCCGGCCUCGUGCAGCGCAUCACCGUCAGCUCCGGCCGCCCCGACAUCCCGGCCCUCCUUGCCCACGUUUACGAACGAGCUGCCGCAAAGGGCCCCGACGGCCGCAUCGACGGCGUCCCCAUCGCCUGCGUCCCCAUCUCGUCCCCCUUGGUCGGCCCCACCGGCCAGCUCCUCGUCAACAAUGGCGAGGAGCCGGACAGCUCCCAGGUCGCUGAUGUCAACCCGGCAGUGGCCGGCAGGGACGACCUGUUUGGCUUUGGCGUGGCCGCAAAGGUCGUCGGCAUCGACGGACGCGGCUCCGGCGAGUUUGCUCUUCGGGUCGAGGGCACGUCUCGCGUCAGGGUCGACAGCAUUACGCGUGAACGACCCUUCUUCGAAGCCACCGUCACCUACUUUGCCGAUGCAAUUGACGUUACCGAUAAGCAGCUGCAGGAUCUCUUUGGCCUGCUCAAGCUGCGGUCACGAGAGCUCGUCACCAUACUGAGGAUCUCGUCUCUGCUGCCCCGGACACGAGGCAGCCCCGUCCUCUCCCCGACCCUCACCAAGCGCCUCGAACUGCUCAUCGUCAGAAGGGAAAUCAACGAGGCCGGUCUACUGGCCGAUUUUAUGGCAAACUUGGUGGAGACAUCGCACGAGGAGAAACUGGGAGUCUUGGCCGCACUCGACGUCAAGGUCAGGAUUACAAAGGUGGUCGAGCUGCUGGAGCGCCAACUAGGCGGCAUCAAGAACAACUUCAAAAUCACCACUUUCACCUCGGUGCCGGUCCAGAUUCUCGACCGCCUCAACGAAAACCAGUCCAAGAAGCAAAACUCAAUCAUCCCGAUGCCGGGCAUGAGCUUCGUCCCUCCCACGGGGCAGAUGCCCUCGGGCAACGACCAAGGUGACGACCAAGAGGCAAGCGAGCUCGACGAGCUCAAGAAAAGGCUCCAGGCCGCAAAGCUGCCGCCCGAUGUGGCCAAGGCCGUCGACCGAGAGCUGCGACGUCUACAAAAGAUGAUGCCCAUGAACCAGGAGUAUCAGGUCACGCGAAACUGGCUCGAGACUCUGUCCGAGAUUCCUUGGGCUGCCGUGACCGACGACCGACUUGGUCCUGAAACCCUGACUCGUGCGCGCAAGCAGCUGGAUGAUGAUCACUACGGCCUGGACAAGGUCAAGAAACGGCUCAUCGAGUACCUGGCCAUCCUCAAGUCACGGCGCAUGGUCGACAAGUCUCCCAUCAUGCUCCUCGUCGGACCUCCAGGCGUAGGAAAGACAAGCCUGGCCAAAUCGGUCGCCACCGCCUUGGGUCGUAAGUUUCAUCGCAUAUCCCUCGGCGGCGUCAGAGACGAGGCCGAGAUUCGCGGUCAUCGGAGAACGUACGUGGCCGCGAUGCCUGGCCUGGUGGUGCAGGGCUUGCGCAAGGUGGGCGUGGCGAACCCUGUUUUCUUGCUGGACGAGAUAGACAAGAUUGGGAUUGCCAGCGUCCACGGCGACCCGUCGGCUGCCAUGCUCGAAGUCUUGGACCCGGAGCAAAACCACUCGUUCCAAGACCACUACGUUGGGAUGCCCAUUGACCUCUCCAAGAUCCUCUUCAUCGCCACGGCCAACAGCCUAGACACGAUUCCGCCGCCGCUGCUGGAUCGCAUGGAGAUGAUCUAUCUCCCCGGCUACACGACGCUGGAGAAGCGCCAUAUUGCAAUGCAACAUUUGAUACCAAAGCAGAUUCGCGUCAACGGCUUAGCCGAGGACCACGUUGCAUUUAACCAGGACGUCGUGUCGAAAAUCAUCGAGUCGUACACCCGUGAGUCGGGGGUUCGCAACCUGGAACGUGAGAUUGGGUCCGUCUGUCGAGCGAAGGCCGUUGAAUUCGCUGAGGCCAAGGACGGUGGUCGCCUGGGCGAAUACCGGCCAAAGCUGACGGUGGAGGAUGUCGAGAACAUCCUGGGCAUCGAGAAGUUUGAGGAGGAAAUUGCCGAGAAGACGAGCCGGCCCGGCAUCGUGACGGGCCUGGUGGCGUACAGCUCCGGAGGCAACGGCAGCAUCCUCUUCAUCGAGGUUGCGGACAUGCCCGGGAGCGGCAGGGUGCAGCUCACCGGCAAGCUGGGCGACGUGCUCAAGGAGAGCGUCGAGGUGGCCUUGUCGUGGGUCAAGGCGCACGCGUUUGAGCUGGGGCUGGCCCCUGAGCCGGCCACGGACAUCAUGAAGAACCGGAGCAUCCACGUCCACUGUCCAUCGGGAGCCAUCCCUAAGGAUGGCCCAAGCAGUGGCAUCGGUCAGGCAAUCGCCUUGAUUUCCCUCUUCUCGGGCAAGCCGGUGCCGCCUACAAUGGCCAUGACGGGCGAGAUAUCCCUCCGCGGGCGAGUCACUGCCGUCGGAGGUAUCAAGGAGAAACUGAUUGGCGCCCUUCGGGCAGGCGUCAAGACGGUCCUUUUGCCGGCACAGAACCGAAAGGAUGUCAGGGACCUGCCACAGGAAGUCAAGGAAGGGCUUGAGAUUGCUCACGUUAGCCAUAUCUGGGAAGCGAUCCGGUUGGUCUGGCCCGACUCGCACUGGGCAGGUGACAGCCCCUUGGCUGGCAUCGAGAGCCGACUGUGA